AUUUCAGUUCCUCGUAGUUCAAGAUCGGUGUAAAAUGGUGGAAUUACCUAAUCAUUUUUCCUGUCAAAAUGCGCUUAUUUUUUAUACUUUAAAACACGUUUUUCUUCUCAUACUGCUUUGGUGCGACGAAUAUUCAUCGGUUCGUGUCUCAAAAGUGAAGAUAAUUCGCUCCAUUGAAGGCCAAGUGGAUAGGAUAAGAUUCCCAAGGCAGCUUUGUGGAACCGCGGCAAGUGCAGAAAACAUUGGUUGUGAUACGAUGCAGAAAAGAAAAGGACAGUCGUGUUCAUGUACCUGUAACAUAACAAAUCCAUCCGGUACUUCGUAUGUUAAGAACACUGUUGUGUAUAACAACGGUUCAUGGCUGUGCUUGGGUAACGCAAAAGUACGACAGUUUGCUGGAUGUAACGUUUUAUCUGUUGGUGAAACUAUUACCGAUCCCAUCCCGGAUAUUUCACGAAAGCGUCCUUAUGUUUUCAAAACUCCGGACCAAAGAUGCCGUGUCAAUUUCUUGAACUCGGCUUAUUCGAGUUGCACUGGGACUUGGAAACGCCUAAGCGAAAGGGUCUUAAGAAGAUUUGUUAAUACGUCAAGAAGAUUUACGAAAGAUGAAAUUCUUCUUGAGUAUUCUGGAGUUACAGAAUCCCACCACAAUGUUAAUGGAAGAGUUAUCAGACUCGCAGUUUCUUGUAGAAAGCAAAAGAAGAACAAGAAUGUAGGCUGUAUAGUAAUGAAGAUGAAGGGAAAGAUGAGAUGCCCUUUCAUGGCCAGUUCAAGACCUACAGACGAUACAAAGGUCAGCAUCGUUACCACAGCAACAAGAAACGUAACAACGAAAACUGAGCCUCCACUGCCGAGGCAUCUCCACCGUCCUAAAAUAGGGGCGAGCAGGAAAAACAUAGAGAAACGAGAAAGCGGCGUUGACGAUCAAAUAACAGUAUUCCAUCCACUGGCCGUGAUACUGGGUGCCUUUGCUGUGGUGAUUGUGACCAUUGUAGUUGUUUCAGCCUUUGUUGUCAUGGUAAUGAGAAAAAAACUUAACAGCUUCGACGACCAGAGAGAUGAAGAUGAUGGUGAUCUUAAGUUUUUGUUCUGAAUAAUCAGUUUAUUAUCGAGAUUAUUUUGCAUUGAUGCCGGUUAAAAACUGCCUAGUCUCGUACCCAGAGCUCGUCGCGCAAUAAUGACAGGGCUCUGGGUCUAAAGCGGGUCAAGCACUGUCACUGUGGGAUCCCAUCAAUGUAGUACGACGUUUUAAGUCUUGUUGUUUGAUUAGUCAUGUCCAUAUAAUUAAAACUACAAUGAAGUUCUUACAAUGAUUCCCCAAUUCAAACUUCAACCAUACUCCCAAAAUAAGGAAAUAUUGGAUGUCACUAGUUGUAUGAAGUGACUUCCAGUGAUAGUGAUAUUGUCAAAUAUGUAAAAACGGAUGCCAUCGGCUUGUAGAUAAGGCUAAGGGGGCUAAGGGGCAUGCGCAAACGCAGUAGCCGAUCGACUCUUCCAAUAAAAACUCCAAGCCAAACCGAAGCAAAACUUACCCUCUUGGAGGGGAAAUAGAAACUAGUGGAACUUACCAUAUCAGGAAACAACUUUGACUUUGAGGCAAUAGUAAAUCACUUGUUGGUGUCUGAAUGUAUACAUUUUACAAUCAUCAGCCAAGUAAUUCGUCAGGGUGAUAGGAGAUUCUUGCUUUUGCAGCUUAAAUUGCUGUUCCAAAGCAGAAGCUGUAAAAGUUAUUGAAAACAUUUCCAGAAACUUCGGGGCUCGUGGGAUAAUACAGUACGACCGGCAUUUGCUCGCCUUCCCUGUAUAAAAAAAAUCAAUUAAAAAAAAAUCGGUGUAUUUUUUCAAUGGGAUGGAUGGUUUAUUCUUUUCAUAAAAAAAGGAAAAGUCGUGGGACUCGUUAUAAAAAUGUAUAUGUGUAAACGUAUCAAAGGUUAUUUUUCUAUUGAACCAUACAAUUAUAUUCUAUCCAAUAUCCUAGCAAUUGUAUUCUGCGAUCCACGUGUUUGUACAUACAUAAAAUACCAUACAACUAAAGACUCUCAAUCGAGUCUGAAUUUUAAUAUAUCAAAUUAAACGUGGCCUAUAUUCGGCUAACUUUUUGGAAAAAUAUGUAUUAUUUAUGAACAUAGCAAAAGAGUUCAUUUUCAAUGAUUAUGUAGAAAAAAUAGCUAGAGUGGUCUAUAAACUAUGGUCAGACCAUUUUCACACCAGUCUUUUAUUUUGCGUCAGCUGAAACAAUAAAAAUGAGAGAUCCUAAGAAGA